CCAGACACGCCAUUGCUUGUCGCACGUCGCUUGAUGUUGGUGUGAUUAGUCCAGUCAAAGUGUGCCGUUGUGAGUUUUUUUCGUUACCCCACGUUCCAAUAAAGCAGCAAAAAUUGAACCCGAACAGAGCGAGGUUAAGGUAAGAGGCGUUUGUCGAAUUGGUUGCCGUCUUUCCGUCGUGCGCUUCGUCGGCUACGGUGACCGGGCGGCGUUACGUUUGAUUCGUCGAUUUUUCCGACCAUCGAGUAUGCUUCAGUUUCAAUUCAUGCCGUUUCCGUAUCGUAUACACGCUGCAAUAUACCGCUACGCCGCCGUUACUAUUUUAUUUUGUACAACUUUGCGGGUUUUUCUCGAUAGCAUCCGACGGCCAUUUUGGUAAACCGAGGCACUCCUACACCGUCGCGCCGCGUCUAUAUACGGGUUGUUCUUUGGCCGCGAUCGAUUCGGUGUUGGGUCGUGAUAAAAUGGCAGUGGGAAGGUAUCGCGGGAAAUGUGCAACGCGCGAAGAAACGCGACCGCACGGCGAAGGCGACGUGUGUGUUUGAUAAUUCGAGGUGUUUCAGAUGCCGGGUUUUAGCAGUGCGGGCACGUUCAAAAUAUUUAUCGGCAACCUUGCCGAGAAAACGACGGUUUCGGAACUACGGCCCUUAUUCGAGAAAUACGGCAAGGUUGUGGAGUGCGACGUGGUCAAGAAUUACGGGUUCGUGCACAUGGAGAGCGAAACUGAAGGACGCGACGCUAUCAAUAACUUGAACGGUACGAUGUUGAACGGCCAAUCGAUGAAAUGCGAGGCCGCGAAGAGUCGGAAGGCGCCGCAGACGCCGACCACCAAGAUAUUCGUCGGGAACCUCACCGAUAACACCAAAGCGCCGCAGAUACGCGAGUUGUUCAAAAAAUUCGGCACCGUGGUGGAGUGCGACAUAGUGCGCAACUACGGUUUCGUCCAUCUCGAGUCGUCGGGAGACAUUAACGAGGCCAUCAAAGAAUUAAACGGGAUGAUGGUCGACGGGCAACCGAUGAAAGUGCAACUGUCGACGAGUCGCGUGAGACAACGGCCGGGCAUGGGCGAUCCGGAACAAUGCUACCGCUGCGGCCGCGGGGGGCAUUGGUCCAAGGAGUGUCCUAAAGGGGUCGGUCCGGACAGGUUCCGCGAGCGCAUGUUUGGACGCGACCCUUACCCUCCGCCGCCGCCGCCGCCCUUCCUACGCGACCGGAUGAUGGGCCGAUUUGGGGACGGUUACGAAGGUUACUACGAGAGGCGGUUCCCCGAAGACUCGCGCGAACUGUACGAGCGGCGGUAUGCCGCGUUACCUCCCGGCAGCCGAGAAAUGGGUCUGCGCGGUAGUCGCGAGUUCCUCGCGCCGCCGCUGCCGCCCCGACGCGAGCCGCUGCCUCCGAUGCCCUCCAUCGGUCUGCGCGGCUCACCUUCGAGUAGCUUGAGCGCGCGCAUGAGCGAUCCGACGUUCGCGCGGAGCAGCGAGUACACGAUGUUUAGCAGACGGUCGCCGCCACCGACCGCCACCCUGACCAGCUCGAGGAUGAGCAGAAUGUACGAGGACUUUAGCCGGGAUUCGUUCGACGAGAGAAGUUGAGAAGAGGAGUUAUACGGACGAAGAGGAGGAGAGGACGCCUGAACGAAGUGUGUUCGACCAGGACCUUAUUUUGGGCACCGUGUUUAUUUCGCGUAGUUCCAACUGCAACGGGAUGCGUGGUUUUCGAACUUUCUCACUAUUUAUUACAUCGCCAUCGCAACGAAAUAGUAUUUCGCUCGGAAACGGAGUGAGGGCGUUUCUACAACCACACGUCGCGACGAAACCUUAAUUUUACGCAAAUAAGUUUGUCCGAGAGUCGCAAUGAAUUUCUUCUCGGAAAGUUCCCCGAGUCCGGGCCCAGAGGACAAAUUUAUUCGAUCAAAUAGUGAUUUGACAGUUCUUCCGUCACCUGUGCGCCUAAUUGUGAAAAAAAAAAUACGUUUUUCGCAUUUACGGCUGAAAAUACACUUGUAGAGAAGACGGGGUUGAUUUUUAUGCUUGUUUAGCCCCCGUUUUUCUUUUUUGUGCCACUGUGUAUAUUGGACAAAGAUGAAAGUGUCGUCCUCGUGCAUGUGAAUUUUGUUGUGUUAGGAAAGGCGGAAGGAAGGGACCAGACUGAGUAUUUUCUGAAUAGAAUGAAAGGAGCGAUUUUUGAAAAGUGCCUCCUUUAAUUGGCGUAGAUUUUUUUAAGUGGAUGCUCGGAGAAGUACUACUAAUACGGAAGAGAUCGAGGCGAGCAUUUCAUGCUGCAUAAAGGAUCCGGAACAAUUCAAUUUCUAGUACCAACGAAGUAAAGCUUAUUUUUAUCAAACAUGUUAAUAUAAGAAUUUGUAGCGAUGAUAAUAAAUAUUGUAUUAAUCGAAGCAUCCAUUAAUUUUAUUUAAAUCUGCAGUGGCACAAAAAAAAUAAAUGGGAGUGGGGCUAAUGUAAAAAGAUGGCCGCGUUUACCUUACUUUUUACUUUAUAUAGAAGCGCAUGGUUCGAUCUAUAUUCCUGUAUUAACGUCCAUGCGCAUUCGUCGGCUGGGCUCCCAUUGAUUUUGUUCGAUUCAAGUGAAAACACGGGAUCGAAAGCCAGGAAUGCGCGUGGGUUCUCCCACCGCCCGAAUUAUAUACAUAUAUUAUCUGUUUGUUGGGUGAUCUGUGGUUCGACGAUGUUGGCUUUUACGUUGUUAACUGAUAUCAUUGGGGUUAGGCCGGCACUGAGAGGACCAUCACCGACUAGGAGGUACGCCCCCUAUUAGGCAGUAACGGGGGGAGCGGGCGGAGUCGCGGUUUCAAUUGUGGACGCAAGGGUCGUUUGUAAGUGUGCAUUUGUUGCAGAAUGCAUUAUUUUUUUAUCGUAAUCGUGGGCUCUAUGUGAAAAUUGAGGGAAUCACGACCUAGAAUAAUUUUAUAGUUCAUGUGACAGUCUUUUUUUUAUUAUAAUUGUUUAAGAAUCGCGGCGGUAGGAGGAAGAAAUGUGUAGCAUAAGGUUUUUUGUAAGGUUAGAAAAUACAUACCUCUUAAGAUU